AUGGUGCCUGACAAUGCCGAAUUGGCGACGGUGAUCGGCCGCCGGUUGAGCGUCGAGUCAGUUGAAGUUUCCGUAAACCUCGAUGCCGAUGAAAGUUUGAAAGUUCCGUCGAGCGACGAGUCAUUCAGAGACUGGGAAGUUCCUGAUGAAAGUGGCUUCGCACUGGUGCCGGUCACCGAAUCGGGCAGUGGCGUGGAUGAUUGUCCUGAAGGUCCAUCUGAUGCAGAGUCAGCCAGGGACGCCGCAUCUGAUACCGAGUCAGACCGGGUCUCCCCCAGUGCCUCGGUGGCGGCAUUCCUGCAGGCCAUGCAGCCAACUCGACCUGAAGUUCUGCGUGGAUGUCCAGCUCACGUCGCUUCUGGGGGCUUUGGGCGGGUGUUUUGGGCUGAUGGGCGUGAAAGCUUCUUCCACCUGAGCAAGGUCACGGAAGCCUACGACGAGUUUGUGAGUCAUAGUUGGCAGGUUGAGACCUGGAAGAAAGUUCUACUUCUGGUUAUGUUGAAGCAUGGCCCGGUUGCUUUCCUCAUAGCGGGACUUGGGGCCGGGCUGAUGAUGUGGAUUUGGCAGUUUGGCUUCUUGCCUGGCUACGUGAAAGCUGAGUAUGAAUCCGAUGCACCGGGCUUGCAACACUCCUUUUGGUGCCUUCUCGCGGGGCUUUUCCUGGCGCCCUUGGCUUUGCUCUUCUGGAAGCCUCGCGGAGUUAUCUUUGUAGACCGGGUGUGCAUCAACCAGUUCGACAAGCGCCAGAAGGCGGAAGGAAUACUGAACCUCGGAGCCAUACUCAAAGCAUCCGAAACGCUUCUGCUUAUCUGGGACGAGUCCUAUGUGGACAGGCUGUGGUGCAUUUUUGAGCUAGCGGCAUUCCUUCGUUCCCAUCCCGACAUGCUCACCACCAUGAACCUCUCCAAACUGAAAGUGGCUCCUGCCGCUCUUGGCUAUGUGUCCCUUUCGACGGCACUAGGUUCUCUCGCCUUCGGCUUUUCUGAGCUGGUGGCCUUCAACGAUGCUGUUCGCUCGUCUGUGGCGACCGCCCUCGAACAGCAGCUGGGCUAUGACGCAUUUCCAUACACCUGGCUGUUGUGGACGACAUCGCCAUACUUAUGGAGCCUCAUGGACGUUCUGGCCAGCAUGCUAGGCAAUAGUGCUCUCAGAGAGGAUGCCGUCCGGAGGCUGCUCGUGAGAUACCCCACCUACUGGCUCUUUACUUUUCCCACCGUUUUCACCUGGGGCAUGAUCUUGGCCCGUUUCUUUCGAGCCAAGGGGCGAAACUGCAAAGCCGACUUCCUUCGCAAUGCCCUAGUCACGGCCAUGACCACACCAAGCAUCCUUCUAUUCGUGUUCUGGGAGAUAUGGACCCGCAUCGCUUUUGAGAGAUUGGCGGGCUCCGUGAUUUUUGUGACUAGCGCCGUGUUGGGUUUUCUAGUUUCAAGGUUCAUCUACCAUUGGCACCACGGCAAAGGUUUCUGGAUUUUGGGCGUCGCGAGCCCCGAACUUGUAAAUGCCGCGGCCACCUGCUUCGGGUCCCAUGUUGCGCUCUUCGCUUGGGCAUCUCCGGUGUUUUUUGCCUCCGUGACCCUGGAUGGCGACAGUCUUGUGAGCGUCGAGUCAGUGGACGUUUCUGUGAACCUCGAUGCCGAUGAAAGUUUGAAAGUUCCGUCGAGCGACGAGUCAUUCAGAGACUGGGAAGUUCCUGAUGAAAGUGGCUUCGCAACGGUGCCCGUCACCGAAUCGGGCAGUGGCGUGGAUGAUUGUCCUGAAGGUCCAUCUGAUGCAGAGCCAGUGAGGGACACCGCAUCUGAUACUGAGUCAGACCGGGGCUCCCCCAGUGCCUCGGUGGCGGCAUUCCUGCAGGCCAUGCAGCCAACUCGCCCUGAAGUUCUGCGUGGAUGUCCAGCUCACGUCACGGAAGCCUACGACGAGUUUGUGAGUCAUAGUUGGCAGGUUCAGACCUGGAAGAAAGUUCUGCUUCUGGAUAUGUUGAAACAUGGCCCACCUGCCUGCCUCCUAGCGGCCCUUGGUGCUGCGCUGAUGAUGUGGAUUUGGCAGUUUGGCUUCUUGCCUGGCUACGUGAAAGCUGAGUAUGAGUCCGAUGCGCCGGGCCUCCUUUUGGCGGAAGGAAUACUGAACCUGGGAGCCAUACUCAAAGCAUCCGAAACGCUUCUGCUUGUCUGGGACGAGUCUUACGUGGAGGCUACACCGGCUUCAGCAGAAGUUUUGUUCGGACCGGUGCCAGCAGUGCGGCAAGAGCGCCUCUUCGGGGCGAACCUCUACCGCACGAGCAACGACUACUACAGGCUUUGGUGUGUCUUUGAGCUAGCAGCAUUUCUUCAAUCCCAUCCCGACAUGCUCACCACCAUGAACCUCUCCAAACUGAAAGUGGUUCCCGUGGCUCUUGGUUCUGUGUCCGUCUCACUGGCGCUAGGUUGUGUAGCCUUUGGCUUUUUCGGGUUCCUGGUUCCGUCAGAGGAUGUUUGGCUGCAGUGGACCGUCAAAUCGCUUCUGAUGGUUGUUUGCGGCAAUGUCGCGGUAGACGCAUUUCGUUCGCACUUCCGGGGCCUGGACGCGAUGAGCUCUCAGCUGCAGAACUUCGAGCUUCAGAAGACCAGCUGCUGGUGCUGCUCUGUGAAUCAUGUGCACCCGACUACUUCUGAACAGCUCCCAUGCGAGAGAAGCAUCCUUACCAAGUGUUUGACCGCAUGGUUUGGUUCCGAGCAGGCCUUCAAUGCUGCUGUUCGCUCGUCUGUGGCCACCGCCCUCGAACAGCAGCUGGGCUAUGACGCAUUUCCAUACACCUGGCUAUUGUGGUCGUCGUCACCAUACUUGUGGAGCGCCAUGGACGUUCUGGCCAGCAUGCUAGGCAAUGAUGCUCUCAGGGAGGAUGCUGUCCAGAGGAUUCUCAUCAGAAGCCCCAUCUAUUGGCUCUUUACUUUUCCAACACUUUUCACCUGGGGCAUGAUCAUGGCCCGCUUCGUGCGAGCGAAGGGGCGAAACUGCCUCACCGAGCUUCUUCGCAACAUCCUCGUCGUUGUCAUGGCUGGGCCAAGCAUCCUUGUCGUCUUGUUUUGGGAGAUUUGGACCCGCCUCGCUUUCGAGAAUAAGUUGGUGGGCUCCUUUAUUUUUGUGACUAGUGCUGUGGUGAAUUUUCUCAUCACAAGGUCUAUCUACCAUUGGCACCACGGCAAACGAAUCUUGCAGCCGAUUGGUCCAAGAUCGUGA